GGGAAACGGUUCCCUCAUUCUGGCGACUGUACUCUGGUUCCUUCUCAAAUCGCAAUCGUCCUCUGACGGCAGAGAUCCGAUCUGGUAGGCAAAUCAGAGAGUGACAGCUAGCAACGAAUAACUGGCCGGAGAAAGGAGAAUAAGAAGAUAAUGGAUCCGGCGAGGACGCCACUGGGGCAAAUGCUAUUGGAGGAGAUCACUCCUGUUGUGAUGGUCCUUUCUACUCCUUCUGUUGAAGAGUCUUGCCUCAAGAACGGCUUCUCCUUCCUUCAGAUGCUCACUCCAUUCUGCUCCUUCAACAACAUCGACGUUCCUGUAAGGACCGCCAGUGACCAGCCAUAUCGCCUUCACAAGUUCAAGUUGCGCUUGUUUUAUGCUUCCGAUGUUAGGAAUCCCGAUUUGAAGGUAGCUGAAGAGCAAUUGAAGCAAGUUAUCACAGAGGCAGGGGAGAAAGUGCUUUCCGAGUUGUGUUCUGAUGUACCAGAAAUUAAUCAUGAACUUGAGAGUUCUGAAUACAGAAAUACACCAUCCUGGUUUCAGUUUCUCAAUAAAGAGCUUGUUCGUAUGGCUUCUUUUUCAGACCAUGAAGCUUUUGACCAUCCUGUGGCAUGUCUUCUAGCUGUUUCUUCAAAGGAUGAAAAGCCUAUUAACAGAUUCGUUGACCUUUUUAAUACCAACAAGCUUCCUUCCCUUCUUAAUAGUGGUGCAAUGGAUCCAAAGAUUUUGAAGCAUUACUUGUUAGUGCAUGAUAAUCAAGAUGGCCCUGCAGACAGAGCAAGUAAAAUAUUGACAGAAAUGAGGAGUACAUUUGGUACAAGUGACUGUUUGUUGCUUUGCAUUAAUUCUUCCCCAGAUGUUGAAAUCAAACAUCAAAAUAAUCCUUGGGCUUCAUAUAUAUCUGAUGCCUCACCUAGUCAAGAUCUUGGAUGCUUUCUUAGCAUUGAUGAUAUCAAUGAGGUCAAAGAUCUAAUGCAAGAUUUAUCAUCUAAGCACAUCAUUCCAAACAUGGAGCUAAAAAUUCGUGUGCUCAAUCAACAGGUUUCUGCAACACGAAAAGGUUUUAAAAACCAAAUAAAAAAUUUAUGGUGGAGAAAAGGGAAAGAAGAUGGUGCAGAUUCUCUCAGUGGUCCUACGUAUAACUUUAACUCCAUUGAAUCCCAGAUUCGAGUUUUGGGUGACUAUGCUUUCAUGUUACGAGAUUAUGAACUUGCCCUGUCAAAUUAUCGCCUAAUUUCCACAGAUUACAAGAUUGAUAAAGCCUGGAAGCGUUAUGCUGGUGUGCAGGAAAUGAUGGGACUUACGUACUUCAUGUUGGAUCAAUCUAGAAAGGAAGCUGAGUAUUGCAUGGAAAAUGCUUUUAACACAUAUUUAAAACUUGGAUCAUCGGGUCAGCAAAAUGCAACACGAUGUGGUCUAUGGUGGAUAGAAAUGUUGAAGGCACGAGAUCAAUAUAAGGAGGCAGCUACUGUUUAUUUUCGUAUUUGUGGUGAGGAUAUCCUACUUUCUGCUGUGAUGCUUGAACAAGCAUCAUACUGCUACUUGCUGUCUAAACCCUCCAUGUUACGCAAAUAUGGAUUUCAUCUAGUGCUUUCUGGUGAGCAGUAUAAAAAGUGUGAUCAGAUCAAACAUGCUAUCCGAACAUACAGAAGUGCUCUUUCUGUUUUUAGAGGAACUACUUGGAGUUAUAUCAAUGAUCAUGUUCAUUUCCAUAUAGGACAGUGGUAUGCUUCCCUUGGAAUGUAUGAUGUGGCUGUCAAGCAUAUGAUGGAAAUCUUGGCCUGUAGUCACCAGUCCAAGACAACACAGGAAUUAUUCCUGGGUGACUUUCUUGAAAUUGUGGAGAAAACAGGAAGGACAUUCGAGGUAACCAAACUUCAAUUGCCUGUGAUCAACAUCUCUUCGCUCAAGGUCAUAUUUGAAGAUUACCGAACUUUUGGAUCACUUUCAGCUGCUAACACUAGAGAAGGCUUGUGGCAUUCUUUGGAGGAGGAAAUGAUACCAUCGUUCUCUGCUGCCAAGACUAAUUGGUUGGAGUUGCAAUCAAAGCUUGUCCCAAGAAAGCACAGUCAAUCAAAUGUUUGUGUUGCAGGAGAAGCUGUAAACGUGAAUAUUGAAUUCAAAAACCCUCUACAAAUCUCAAUUCCCAUAUCUGGUGUUACACUCAUAUGCAAGCAUUCUGCUAGUACUGAUCAAGUUAGUUCGGAUGAAAAUGAGUCAAAUGUGGAGAAUGACAAUGAGUUUGACCACUUCAAGGAUCUGAGCUCAGACAAUGCCUCAUUUUUGGUGUCUGAGGUUGAUUUCUUACUAGGAGGUGGUGAAACAACCAUGGUUCAACUAUCAGUUACUCCCAGGGCAGAGGGUACUCUUGAAAUUCUUGGUGUUAGGUGGAAACUGUCAGGUACAAUAGUUGGCUUUCACAAUUUUGAGUUGAGCCACCCAAAGAAGAAUAUUGUAAAAGGAAGAAGGAAAGCAAAGCACUUGCCUAAUGAGAAAUUUAAAUUUUUGGUGAUAAAGAGCAUACCCAAGCUUCAGGGUUCCAUUCACCCUUUACCUGGAAAGGCAUAUGCUGGAGAUUUGCGGCAACUUGUUCUGGAAUUGAGGAAUCCAUCAGAGUUUCCUGUUAAGAAUCUUAAAAUGAAGAUAAGUCAUCCUAGAUUCCUGAUUAUGGGGAAUCAGGAAAAUAUGCAGUCAGAGUUUCCUGCUUGCUUGACAAAGAGGACAGAUUCAGCACAAAGUGAUACACAUUCUAAUCCUAAUAUCAUGUCUGACACAGUCUUUUUGUUUCCAGAGGGCACUUCAGUUCAAGGGGAAACACCUUUCUUGUGGCCUCUUUGGUUUAGAGCUGCUGUUCCGGGUGAUAUUUCUCUUUACAUGAGCAUAUAUUAUGAGAUGGGAGAUAUAUCAAUUGUCAUCAAAUAUCGCACUCUUCGCUUGCAUUACAGUGUGCAGGUAUUACCAUCAUUGGAUGUCUCAUUUCAAAUCAGUCCUUCUCGAUUAAGAAUACAAGAAUUUCUCGUUCGAUUGGAUGUUGUUAACAAGACAAACUCAGAAAGUUUCCAAGUUUAUCAGUUGUCAUCUAUUGGGCACCACUGGGAAAUCUCAUUACUUCAAUCUCCUGAUACUAUUUUUCCUUCACCAAUGUUGAUGGCUGGCCAAGCAAUAUCGUGUUUCUUCACGCUAAAGAACUCAAGGAGAUUAUCAUCAUCAGAGGACAGUAUAUCUACCAUUCCUGUCACCGGUGAUGUAAGAUUGGUUCCCCAAAGCAGUGAGGAUUUAGUCUACAAUAUAAACAGUGCACCUUUGGUCAAUUUCCACCAUUACGAAAGAUUGCAGCAGGAACUGUCACACGAGGGUGACUUAAAUACUGUUGAUUUUGUAUUGAUCUCUCGGCCACUCAAGAGUAACAACAAUCCUGGUUUUUCUGAUCCUCCUCAUGUUAUGUCUCAUCAUGCGUGUCACUUCAGUACUGCUAGCACGGGCCCUAUUUCUUGGCUAGUGGAUGGACCUCAAACCUUGCAUCAUGACUUCUCUGCAUCCUUCUGUGAAAUAAAUCUGAAGAUGCUUUUUUACAAUUCAUCUGGUGUCACUGCUUUUGUGCGCAUUGACACUUUAGAUUAUGCUGGUAAUGGUGGUCAUACGAACAUUGUAAGUGUGGUUCAAUCAGCAACUCCUGAUAACCAAGCAGGGUGGCAUGAUGUCGCACCAGUGAAUGAACUCAAAGUCACAUCAAAUGUUCUUGAAAACCAACGAGGUAAGGUACUUUCAAUGGAAAGUGUCUCGCCAUACAUUUGGUCUGGAUCAAGCUCAACCGGUCUCCACCUUGAGCCUAUGUCCUCGGCAGAAAUUCCACUUCAGAUCUGUGUGUUCUCUCCGGGGACGUAUGACUUGUCAAAUUAUGUUUUGAAUUGGAAUCUUCCAUCUAAAGGUCAGGGAGACAGUGAUGAAAAGAGGCAACAUUCAGGCAAGUGCCAGGGCUAUAAAUACUAUCUUACUGUGCUCCAAUCCACUUGAGAAGUUGGUAAAUGUUUUGCUGCCCAUUUAUCACUCACGAGAAUUUUUGAUCUGAUUUGUAACUGUGGGCUGUAUAUAUAAAAUACGUUUCCAUAUAUUGUUAAGCGUCAAUAGGAUCAAGGAACCAUGUAAAAAGUUCGGUGAAAAAAUGGUAGAACGCAAGUUCUUUUUGUCCAAACGAUAUGACGGUGAAAACAUACAACUCAUGGAACAGGGCUAGCGCAUUUGGACUGGCUAGAUUUGAACAGGCUAGCAAUUAUUUUUUGUAAAGACAAUCUCAACAGUUUUUGGUAUACAGCGCGUUAACAAAGGAUGGAAAGGCAUUGUUGAGCACAUGUAAUCGAAUCAGAGUUUUUACCCCUAUAGGUGGGAUGCACGGUGUAAGCAGCGGAAGAAUUGGUUAUUGUUCUUUCUCAAUUUUCUAGAUACGAUCGAAAGCAGUUCAGAGUGCUUUAGUUUUAAGACUUGCAGAGCUGUAAGACAGGAAGGCUUGUUACAGUGUAAAAAGUUAUUUACAAAUUAUUUGCGAUGAUUUGAUCAAAGAGUAUAAGUUUAUUAUUACAGUAAUGUGAUUUUUUUUAGUGUUAAUAUAAAAAGUU